AAUCAAUUUCCGUCGCUAGUUCGAAGGGAAAGGGACUCUCCCCGUAGCCUGAGGGAGAGAUCUGAUUGCCGCCGGGUCGGGCCUGAUUAGUCAAUCGAGAGACGGUGAUCCAGGGGUGCCAAGGAAGGUGAUUCCCCCUAUGUCGAUCAAGCAUUGUGCAGAGAUCAGCGCUCUUCGUGUGAUGCGAUAGCCUCUUUGAGAACCAGUGAUGAUAUGGAGCGUGUUCGAUCACAUUGUUAUUGCCAAUCUAGUCCAAGAACCGCCAGACAAAUGGCAUAUCGAAGACAAGUCCCGUUUUCUGGCUCUCUGUCACCACAGAAUAGGAGGUGGGUUUUCUACUGGUUUGGCGAUCAUCGCGGCAGGCAACGAACACGAACCCUGCCACAUCGAAGAUCGUCGCUGUCAGCCAUUUCCAGGAAAUCCCUCGACAUUGCUGCAUCAUACCUAAUCGGUCAUAGCGUCUUGUUUCAUGCAUAAUAACGUUGAGAUACCAGGCCAGUGACAUCCCUAC